AUUGGUUGCUUUUUUUUUACGUCUAGCAAAUUCGUUUCAAUUUGAUUGAUCAGUCGACGAUUACUGUACCGUUUUUUUCAUACGCAUAAUCUAAACACACAUUGUCACUGUCUGAAUCUUUAUUAUCGAUGUGAAUACUUCAUCGAGCUACCUCCGACGCGCGCAUGCGCGUAAAGCACUCUGCCUGUCUGACAACUUGCUGCUCAAAGUUGCAGCUUCACGUUUUCUUUCCAAUCGCGUACAUGUUCGAGGUUGUAGCAGUUGUGACCAGCUGGCAGACGAAGGUUACGUGUCUGGCAUCUCCAAUUUAUUCGAUCUUGUCAUUGGUGAUUCUUAGUGCAUAGCACAUCGGACAGAUUCGACCAUGGCAUUGUCGAGAAUUAACGCUUUAGAUGUGAUGAACGCUCUGACUCGCGCCUCACGAGCAGCGAUGGCUCUGGAGAUGCAGCGCGCGACUCCGGCGGCGAUUCAUCGCGAGCAGCUGCAUGUGACGAGCGUGCGUCGUUACCCGGAGCCGCCGCAGCUGGACCUGCCGAGCAACAUGCGCGACAUAUUCGCCAACGAGACGGGCCGCUUCACACCGGAACGGGCGCGCGACAUCGCCCUGUACAGCGAGAACGGCGGCCUGGCGGUCGCGAACGCCACCGGCUACCCCAAGAUCCACGACAACGGUCACGUGGACUCGUACGACUGCUUCGGCGCGGUCAGUCUCUGCGGCACGAUGCAGACCAACGUGCCCAAGCCGUAUCGCUCGCGCGGCACGCACGCGUGGGUGCUGAGGUCCACCCAUCUCAACAUGCCCGGCGGUCAGUGGACCCGCGGCGGCAAGUACAUCGCCGAGGACAUGCAGAGAUCCCACUACCGCAACCUGCGUCCGGAGUCGUGUUCAGGUUCUGCAAUUAACAUUUCCAUAAUGAGGCAGCUUUUGCGAACGACACAUGGGCCGGUGCGGUACACCAUCAGGGUGACAUACUCGACCGACGCGUCCAAAACGCUCAAGGAUGGCGUGAAGGACCAGACGCAGGCGUCAAAGCUCGCAGUGUCGAAGCGGGACAGAUUCCGACUAAUGCUAAGGGAUUACGGAGUCACCAUGUUCGUCUUUCAUAUAACUAUCUCGUUGAUAAGCCUCGGUGCUUGCUACAUGGUGGUCGUUAGCGGAGUAGACGUGAUGUCGUUCGCGCGAAAAAUUACAGGCGGCAGCGAGGAGGUGGACAAAAUAAUAAAAGUGUCGACGGAUUUCGUCAUAGCAUACACCGUGCACAAAAUACUCGCGCCUGUUCGUAUAUCGAUAACCCUGGCAGUAACACCGCUGCUCGUGAAGUAUCUGAGGAGAAUUGGCUUGCUCAAAAUACCGAAACGACCGACAUCUUCGAGCUCUAGUCGUUCCUACGGCUGUUCUCGCUACAAAACAUAACAUCAAAAAACCACGAAUGUCGCUGCGAGGAGAAAAUUUAUCUAACCGGUAACUGGUGUUUAUAUUUAGUUUAUAUCGGUGUUAUAAUAGUAAAUAACACGAAUGUGAUUUUUCUACGAGAUCGCUUGUAAUUAGCCGCGUAUUUUUUACAAAUUCAAAUCGAAUUGGUAGUUCGUGAAGUUUGCAAAUCUUGUCACCAUUUGAGUACUAUCAAGUUGAAACAGAGGAGAUCUAUUUUUUUCCCGUUUCAUUUGUUAAAUUUGAAUUCAUACGUCGUACACGCAUCAUUGCACGAUUGAGCGAGUGUGAAGAGAUACACGAAUUUACAUGAAUAUUCGGGCGUUAUCGAUAUUUUUUGUAAGAUCGUUACCUGUAAAUAAAAAAAUAUGUUAAAAGAG